GGCUACUGACCACAUCCGGCUGCAACGAGCAAUCGGGGUCAUUGAUUUUAUUACCCGCGUAGCGGGCUCACAGCACUAGUUUUGCCAAGACAGGUGGUCGUUUUGACUUGGCUGGCCGGGCCUCGGCUUGGCUUGUUUUGAAAUGUCUGGUCUUAUUGGGAGCGCUGGGUCAAAGCCUCAGAGGCAUGGCUCACCAACUGUUGGAGGUACGGCCUAUGAUGUAUUUAAACUACCAACCUCUCACUCUGGGAAUCAUCGGUAGAAAAACUAGAAAUCUCAUCCUACUAAGAGACUCUACACGACAGUGAGAUAAUCCGCUACACGCUCGAGACGGUCUAAAGCGAAUCGACCAUGUCCGAACACAACACCGGUGCUAGCGCCGCGAAACGCCCGGAAGCUAUUCCAGGUUCGACUAGGGGGGUGGUUCUCAGUCUCAACCUACUGGAAAAUACGUCUCACUCGUACAGCAAUGCCUGGCCCACGAUCAAUCGCUUCCGUCCCCCCCGCGCCCCAAUACGGGCCUACCCUAGAGGCAUCCUUGGAACUCCUGGACGUCAUGGGCUACCAGGGCAAAGAUAAAGUCGUUGAAACCUUGGCCUUCGUCGGUGCUGAGUUAAAGGAACGUUUCGAGGCAGCUGCGCGAACGAAGCACAUCUCGAAAAAGAACUGGGUCACUUCGGAAUAUCGGGAUAGGUUCCUACGCCUGAGAGGCCCGCUCGUCAACACGACCCUGGUGGGCCUCAUGAAAACACCCCCAGGCUCGUCGUAUGCGCUGACGACGGCCGCUAUGCUCUUGUAUGCCGUUGCUAAGGUGUAUCGGUCCUCCGACAUCGUCAAAACCUUCGGAACCGAUGGAGGAUCCAAGAAGUUCGAGACCAGACAACUGCGGGAGGGAUUCGCCACGGUCCGUAUUCCUGGUAUCAAGGCCGAUUCAUUUCAGACAAGCCCCGGUUCCCGACAUGCUCUGGUCUGGUACAACGGACUUGUGUUCGAGGUACAGAUUUUGAAUGGCACGUAUGAGCCAGUGCCUCUCAACAUCAUUAUGCGACAGCUCCUAGAGAUCCAAAGCCAGUGCAGCAAGCAAACGAGCGACACCCCGACUGUGGCCACCUUGUCGUCGUACUUACCUCGGGCCGAUUGGGCGGGCAGAAGGGCAAGUCUACUCAGGACGCACCCCGGAGAGAUGAAGAUCCUCGAGACCGCUAUUACAUCCAUCGGAAUCGAGAGACAGAGGCCGUCCAACUCCAAAGAGGCAGUCGCCCAGAGGCAAGGUUUCAGCACAGUCUACUCGGACCAGACACUCGGCUACUUGGUCUUCCCGAGUGGUUCCUACGUCUAUCGCGGCGAACACGGUGCCCUCGACGGCGGGGCCGCACUGCGCAUUGCCGAGGCGAUUGGCCGUGUUAUGGAGAGCAUUCCCGAGCCCAUCCGGUCUGCUGCAUUCUCCAAGGCGGCGCCUGCAUCCUCCAAGGCGGCGCCGCGGCCGCGCAGAAUCAACCUUCCUCCGGUCACAGUCCAUGUCGACGUCUCGAAAACUAGACCGUCGUUCUUGCAGGCAUCGGAGACCGGUAUAAUCCAGAGAAGCGAGGACGAUCUCCGAAAGCUAAAGCACCAGCGGCUAUACGGUUUUGUAUUACAGAUGGCGCUUCAGGUGGCCUUGCAACAUGUAUCGCCUAACAGUUUCACCUCGCUGAUCGAGGCGACAUCGACUCGCGACUUUGCCUACGGUCGAUGCGAUCCCAACUGGCUUAUCACGCACGAGUCCAAGAGGUUCUGCAGCACCCUUAUAACAGGCGCUACCGAUCGGGAUAGCCAGCAACUCUUCGAAGCUGCCUACAAGAAGUAUAUGAGCUCCCUUCGCCGGACUCGGCAGUCUUUCGCUCUUGCCGCCAACAUUGACCUGCUCCACUCGGCGGUUACGGAGCUAAAGGACAAGAGAGCGAAAAGUGUCUUGCUGCCUAUCUUUCCGCCUCUCUGGGCCAGAGAUGCCUAUCUUCAAGGAUAUUCGUCGGACCAGCUGUUUGAUCCAUUGUACGAGUCCGAGCAACGCUAUGAGGCUAUCGAGCUUAGGACCUUUCACGAUAAGGCGACCACGAAGGCGUGUACGGAAGGGGGGCAGAAGGAUCUUGCGACGCCAAACUUGCAGACCGUCAACAAGGAAGAGCUGUGCACUUGGCUGCUGUCAGAAGUCGGGCACGGCGAGGCCGGAUCUCAAUGUUUGCCGCAGGCAUCCGCUACUACUAGUACUCUUCGACUGGUCCACAUACGCCAGCAAGGACGUGGCCUUCUCAUCUCGCCGUCGGCCCUCGAUCGAAUACUCGACGGCAUGAAGGCAGACCCCGCAAUCAGAUACAUGAUAUGCCGUGACUAUGACGGCUUCCAUGAGUGGCGCGGCGGGGGCUAUCGGUUGACGAGGUUCUAUGGGCUGGCGCUCUUUGCCCUGGUCUGGACGUUUGAUCCAGUGAGCAUGACGACCACUGCGCUAUUUAUCGAUCGCGCGGGGGGAUCACAUCGUUUUGAAGAGUUCGUCGACGUCCUGCGGGGAUACCAAAGCCACAUGCACACACCGUCGCUCCUCUGUUUCGUGUCGUGCUAUUUCCUGCUGGAGCUGUUCGAUCGCGAGACUGUUGGCGAAAGGCUGCAGACGGUCCAGUACAUCGAGAUGCGGACGGGCUUUGCCCCGGACAUGAACUCGUUUGCGGACCUCUCGUGGGGACGUCACCAUCGUCUACAUUGGGACAUUGAUCAACUAUCCUGGUUGCUUCGAGAGGUCAACGACGUGACAAUCAACAUCAGCAACCACGUCCGGCACCAGGAGAGCUCACGAGUGCUUCUCGGGAAGCUGUGCCACCGCUCGAACGGCACAUGUCAACCUAUCGAGUAUAUUCUCUACCUCAAGGUCAGAGCCGAGCGGCUUUCCACCGUUCUGUUUGCGCUGCUUACCCACGAGGACGCCAGCUCGAGCAUCGCGCUGGCGGCGGCUGCCAAGCACGAUAGCUCGUCGAUGAAGACGAUCGCAGUGAUGACCAUGGCCUUCCUGCCCGCAACCUUCUUCGCCGCCCUCUUCGCCGUGCCAUCGCUUCAGUGGGACCAGUCGACGGUCGUGCAGGAUAACUUCUGGGUGUACUGGGCGUUUACUGCCCCCACAACCGUGCUGGUGUUCUUGAUCUGGCUGCUGGCUACCAAGCGGCCUUGGUUAUACGGCUUGGGGUGGGAGCUGGAGUGUGAUCGCUUCGUGGGCCCUGGACUGUUAGGAUUCAGGUCGGUUGUUGUGUGUAACCUCGAUGUCCAUUCCCACGAAGUCACGGGGCGGAGGGCGUUGCUCGCAUAG